AUGGCUAGCAAUGUUACCAGCAAGACAGAUCCUCGCUCCAUGAAUUCCCGACUCACUGGGAAUCUGAACACGCUUGUGGUGAAGAAAUCUGAUGGGGAGGCCAUCUUCUCGAAGCAUGGCAAAAUUGUGGGUUGCUCCCUUCAUAAGGGCUUUGCCUUUGUCCAGUAUGCUAAUGAGAGAAAUACCCGGGCUGCUGUAGCUGGAGAGGAUGGCAGAAUGAUUGCUGGCCAGGUUUUGGAUAGUAAUCUGACUGCAGAGCCAAAAGUGAACAGAGGAAAAGCAGGCGUGGGAAAAUCUCCAGUGGUGGAGAUGUAUGGCUCCUCUUUUGACUUGGACUAUGACUUUCAACGUGAUUAUUAUGACAGGAUGGACAGUCACCCAGCACAUGUUCCUCCUCCUCCUAUUGCUUGGGCUGUAGUGCCCUCGAAACGCCAGUGUGUAGCAGGAAACACCUCCUGAAGAGGCAAAAGUGGCUUCGGUUCUAAGAGUGGCCAGCGGGGCUCUUCAUCCAAGUCUGGAAAGUUGAAAGGUGAUGGCGCUCAGGCCAUUAAGAAGGAGCUGACCCAGAUCAAACAAAAAGGGGAUUCUUUACUGGAAAGCCUGGAGGAAACUGAAAAGGAGCAGAGCAAACAAGCGGUGGAGAUGAAUGGUAAGACCGAAGAGGAGCAGACCAGCACCUCAAAGAAAGAUGAGACUAAUGUGAAGAUGGAGUCUGAGGGUGCUGCGGACGACUCUGCGGAGGAGGGGGAGCUACUGGACGGUGAUGAAAAUGAAGAUCGGGCGGAGGAUCAGCUGGAGUUGACCAAGGAUGGUAAAAAAGAGGCUGAGGAAAUAGAGGAUGACAGAGACAGCACCAAUGGCGAGGAUGACUCUAAGCACAUAGCAUCUGCCCCGGUGCUGGUGUAG